UAAGAAAAUAACUAGUAGUCUGACGUCAUAGCUGGUAGAACUAUGUAUGACGUAUAAGUAACAAUGGUUACGGGUGACGAAACUACACAACGUAAAGAUUACACGAUCUACGGGGUUCUUGAGCGAUUGUACAAACUAUUAUAGCGUGUAAGUGGACAUACCGACUCGCGAUAAGACACAACUAGCCUAUAGAACGUCCUGUCGUAAUCGCUUCUGCUGGCUGUCCAAAAUUAGAGUUCCAAGAAGGAACAAUGAAGGAUAGAAGAAAAUCUUUCUUCUUUGUCAUAGCCCUAGUGCUGGGAGGGCUUAAGGACACAAUGGCUGCUUGGGGAUACAAUAGCGAUAGUGUCCUCCUGAAGGAUAUUGAGGUAUUAACACUUUAUUCAAGCAAAAUGACCACAGGACGCCGUUCUUCUCCCGUACCUCAGUUAGAAUGUGUUUCAGGAGGCACAGCACCAUGUGAUGCUUUCCGACCCCGUGUUGUGCAGUGUUAUAAUCGAGGAUUUGAUGGAGUUGAUGUACAGUGGGAAUGCAAGAGUGAUAUGGAUAAUGCUUUCAGGUUUGGUGAUAUAGAUGUCUCCUGUGAAGGUUACAGCCAACGAGAUGAUCCUUAUGUCCUAAGAGGUUCCUGUGGAUUGCGUUACAGUUUGGACUACACCAAGGAAGGCCUGAAUCAGCAAAAGGGUCAUAGCUAUUAUGGCAGUGAUAGCUCUGGCCAUAGUUAUUCAGGUUUUUCUGGCUAUGGAAAUUCUUAUCAAACCUAUAAAAGUGAUAAGCUUUCAAUAGCAAGUACUUUGUCAGAUAUAAUUGUGUUUGUUGCUGCUGCCUUGAUGAUUUGGGCCUUCUACAAGACGUGUUGUGGAUCUUCGCGUCGUGCAGGACAGGAUGCUUAUAGUCCCAUGUCAGAUGAUUAUCCAACAGGUGGAGGUGGUGGUGGUGCUGGUGGUCCUGGCUAUGGAUGGUUUGGACAGGGUGGCAACACUCAGCAUGGUAAUAACCCAGAUGGUAACUACCCAGAUGGGAAUGCAUCCUGCAGGAACCGUGGAGCCAAUGCUGGGGGGGCAGCAGCAGGAGGUGGCGGUUUAGGUGGGUUCUGGUCAGGUGCAGCUGCUGGUGGUUUACUUGGCUAUAUGUUUGGUAACAGAGGCAAUCAACAUUACCAGAACUAUGGGCAUUAUGGGGGCUACCAUCAGCCUCGCAGGGCAGGUGGCUGGUUUGGUGGGGGUGGGGGUGGGGGCUGGACAAGUGGUGGUGGAGGUGGGGGCUGGGCUAGUGCAGGUAGCACUGGAACCCGCACAGCCUCUGGGUUUGGUGGCACUAGUCGUAGGUAGAGGUGAACUGUAUUGUGCAAAUGCAAGGGAGAGACUGUUCAUGCACAGAUUGACUAAGUUAGGUUAAUCAUGUCCUUAUUUCUGUUGAAGGAUUUGAAUGCACAUUACCAUUCAGCUUAGUAGAAUAAGUGAAUAGCUUUUAUUUAUUUAUAGACAAGGAUGUUGUGACCUUUAAAUAAUGUCAUAGUGUUUUAUGUUGGUGUUAGAAAUGGGAUUGUUUGAAAGCUAUCCUUGAACAUGGUUAUGUAUCUAAAUUAAUGGUUGCAUCCUGUGAACUAGACUGCAUGCUUACUUUUGUGUAGGAGCCAAUAUUUGUGAUGUGGAAAACACUUGAGUAUUACAGAAGGAUAUCUUGUCAUUUUAUAUACAGUUAAAGAUUUUCACAUUUUCGCAAUUUGUAAAGAAAAAUGUUGUCUGAGUGAUAGUAAGUUUUUUAAAUGUUUGUUCAUGUUUAGAAUUAAAUUAUACAACUAAGUCUAGUUUUAUGUAAUAUAUUCUGUUUGUGAAUAAAUAUUUUGCAUAUCUUUUCAUUGGGAGGUUGAAAAAAUGUACAGUGUAGAAGAAUCAAGGAGAAAAUAAAAUGGAAUUUGCCCCUGUGAUAAUACAAA